UUUGCUGUGUGACAGAUUUCCUAACCUCACAAACGUCGUUAUUUAAUACUUUAUAACUUUUUAUCCCCUUGAGAGCGACGAUUUUUUCUUUUAGAUUCUUGAUGUAUGUUUCAAAAUGAACAAAUAUGUAAAAUUUUAUCAAAAUCGGUGAGAAGGACCGUCUCCUUCAUAAUUACCUAGAUUUUCAGUACUGGCAGUGAAUUUCGGAACGCAGCCCAUGUCUACUUCCACCAUGAUUUCAACCAUUCAACGUUUGACGUUUGUGUUCGAUAUCUCGGUUCGUAACGUAAGACAGAACUAGGCAGAGAGGCGUUUUUUUCUGCUAGAUUUGUUCGUUUCGUGCAAAAACGCGUCGAUUGAUCCUAACUUUAAAAUAAGAAUCGAAGAGCCUAAACUGAAUAAAUUACUUUAAAUAAAAUGAGCUCGUGCAGCGUAAUCACAUCCGAUUUUGUGAAUUUAUCAAUCACAAAUUCUGGUCAAGAGUCACGUUGGGUGGAGCGUCGAUUUCAGAAAGGUAUAACUAUCGAUGAAUUUAAGGGCAAACUGGAGCUUCUUACUGGUGGUAAUCCAACUACAAUGAUUGUUGAAGUUUAUAACAAGAAUGACAAGCUUGUUUGCAAAUUGGAGGAAGGACAGCGUCUCUUAGGAUCAUAUCCAAUCGACGAUGGAAUGAGGAUACAUGUUAUUGAUAAUUUCUCAUGUACUACAGAAGAUUUAAAUCAUGUGAAAAAGUUUGAGAUCUCUGAGGAAGAGUAUGCUAAGAAGACAGACACUGUUAAAGCAUUCUUGGAAAGGAAUAAGCUAGGAAAAUACAACGAGGAGGACAUGAAAAGACAAGCAGAGGAAAAAAAAUUGGAGGAAGAAACAGAGGAACGCUUAGCUAGUUUGUCCAAAGUUGGAGACCGCUGUGAAAUAUCAGUUCCAAAUCAGCCAAAGCGAAGAGCUACUAUCUUAUACGUUGGUAAAACUGAUUUUAAAGAAGGCUGGUGGAUCGGUGUUAAAUAUGAUGAGCCUCUUGGCAAAAAUGAUGGAAGUGUCGGUGGUAAAAGAUAUUUUGAAUGUGCCCCAAAGUAUGGUGGAUUUGUGAAGCCAGCGCAUGUAAAAGUUGGAGAUUUUCCUGAGGAGGACUUCAAUUUGGAUGAAGAACUGUAGAAGACUAUAAUUGUUUCAUUGGGCAUCUUUUUUUUAAUUAAAAAUUUGAAAAACUUAAAAAAAUGUUAACUUUAUAGUUUUUAAAUUAAAUACAACUCACAAAAAUAAAAAUUCUGUAUUUAUCAUAUCUAA